UAAAACAAACCAACAGUCUUUCUUUCCUAUCGAAAAAGAAAUCCCAAUCUCUAUCCUUUUUCAAGAAAUUGAAUGUUGGUCUUCACUAAUAUAUACAUAUAAGAAUAUUUUAUAUAUAUAGGUUGCAAAGAAGAACAGUAGUUAAUAUGAAGAGUGUCAAAGGGAAGUUCUUGAUGAAAUUGAAGACGAUUAAAACAAUCGGGUACUUGAAACCCGAUCGAAUCCUUCAGGUUAAUGCGGCCGACGGGUUUAUCGAUAGUUUCUUUUCGAAACCGAGCGAUAAAAGUGAACCCGUUUUGGUUUCUAAAGAAGAAAAACAGGGUAGUGUUGAAAUACAAGAACCAGAAGUUAUUGAUGUAACAGAACUAAUGAAGGAUCUUGAAGAUGGGUACGGGUCAGAAUCUGAUACGGGUUCUGACUUUGAAGAUUUUCGGCCCCUUAAUGUUGAUCCGAAGGUUUUUGACCCAGUAAGUGAGAAUUCAAAAGAUGUUGGUGGUACUACUUUAUCAGAGAUUGAUGUAUUGUCUUUCAAGCCACCGGAUUUGGAUUCGGGCACUCUGUUCGACCCGAAUCUGUUGGCAGCUUUUGAGCAGGCGGUUAUGGAGUUUAAAGCUCUAGAAGAACAGAGGAAAAACAGAGUAUUACAGAUCAUUGGUGAGAGUUUAGAUGAAGAACAUGAUCAAGAUUCAGAAAGGCCAUUAAAAUCUUUGAAAUUGGAAGAAAUCGAUAACCCCCUUUCGGAUUUCGAAAGAAUUUGUCCACCGGGAGGAAGUGAUUCGGUGGUUUUGUAUACAACGGGCCUAAGAAGUAUCCGAAAGACGUUUGAAGAUUGUUCAAGUAUUCGAUUUUUACUUGAUAGUUUUCGGGUUUUAUACCAAGAACGUGAUUUAUCGAUGCACAUGGAUUUUAGAGAUGAGCUAUGGCGGAUCUUGGGCAGAAAAAUAGUACCUCCAAGGUUGUUUAUAAAGGGAAGGUACAUUGGAGGAGCAGAGGAGGUUUUACGAUUGCACGAACAGGGGAAGUUUAGACCACUUUUGGCUGGAAUUCCGGUGAAUACUUCGGAUGGCCUGUGUAAGGGGUGUGUAGGGAUUCGGUUUGUGGUGUGUUUUAGUUGCAGUGGUAGCCGUAAGGUGGAUUCCGGUGAUGGUGGGUUACCGGAGAAGUGUAUGGAGUGUAAUGAGAAUGGACUGAUAAAAUGUCCAAUUUGCUGCUGAAUUUGUUUUGGUCUCACCUGUGUUGAUUUGGAGGGUGCAGUCAUUAUUAAUUGAUAAUGAAAUGUGUUUGAAUUCUUGUAUUCAUUAUUUUGUCAUUUAUAAUUCAUGAUUCCUGAUUUCCUGUUA